UAUUAUGUGGUGCGAGAUGAUUCUACGCAACUCUUCUGUACCUGCAGCUAUGAUUUAUAUUGCUUAAAAUUAAUCGCCUGAAGCAAUAAUCAUGGAGUGUCAUUGCCUUUCUACUGUAGGUGUAGCUCACCCUUAUUCUUCUUCUUUAUCCUGCUCAAGAAUACCGAGCUUUCAGGGUGCCUCAAUUAUUGGCUGUAAAUUACCUAAAUCAUCUCCAUAUUCAUCUCCCCUUCCAAGUUCUUUCCUCCCCCUUAAAUUUGAGCCGGCUGUUUACCAGAAAAAGUUGUCAUUCCAUUCUUUGAGAUCCUACAAAGGGCGCAUUCGAGCUGAAAAGCAAGGUUGGGAUGUAGGUCGCUUUUGGAAGACAUUGUCUUUCUUUGACCAGCUUCCCUCUCCUGGAAAGUUAUUUGCCUUUCUGAUUGAGAAACUCUCUGAUCCGUCACCUAGCCGAGCAGUGAAGCCAAUGGAUACUUCUGGGAUAGUUCUUGUGGCUGGAGCUACUGGCGGUGUUGGUAGAAGAGUUGUGGAUCUCUUACGGAAAAAUGGACAAGCAGUUCGAGUGCUGGUUAGAAAUGAAGAAAAAGCAAGGAAAAUGCUUGGUGAAGAUGUUGACUUGAUUGUUGGAGAUAUUACCAAAGCAAGCACAUUGCAACCUAAGUACUUCAAAGGAGUAAAAUCGGUGAUUAAUGCUGUUUCAGUUAUUGUUGGCCCAAAGGAAGGUGAUACUCCAGAUAGGGCCAAAUAUAGCCAGGGAAUCAAGUUCUUCGAACCAGAGAUUAAAGGAGAUUCCCCUGAAAUGGUGGAGUUCAUUGGCAUGAAAAAUCUGAUCAGUGCGGUUAAGGAAUCAGUUGGACUUCGCAGUGGGAAACUGAUCUUUGGAUUUGAGGAUAAUUUAUCGAGAGAACUUCCUUGGGGUGCACUGGAUGAUGUUGUCAUGGGAGGAGUAAGUGCGAGCGCAUUUGAGAUAGAUCCUAGUGGUGGUGAAAAUGGUAGACCAGCUGGAAUUUUCCGAGGAUUCGUUUCCACUGCAAACAACGGAGGUUUUGCCAGCAUCCGGACAAAGAAUUUCUCCAUACCAGAAGAUCUCUCUGCAUAUGAUGGUCUUGAGUUGCGCAUCAAAGGUGAUGGCCGUAGAUAUAAAUUCAUGCUACGAACUAGCCGUGAUUGGGACACCGUUGCAUAUACAACGGGCUUUGACACUGUUAAGGACCAAUGGCAAUCGGUUCGCUUGCCUUUCUCUUCUUUGAGACCUAUAUUUCGAGCACGAACCGUGUUUGAUGCCCAACCAUUUAAUCCUAGUGAAAUCAUAUCAUUUCAGCUCAUGUUUAGCAAGUUUGAGUACGAUGGGAAGUUGAACCCAACUUUUGUUGAAGGUCCAUUCCAGCUUCCAAUAUCAACCAUACGAGCUUACCUCAAGGAACCUAUCACUCCAAGGUUUGUGCAUGUGAGUUCAGCCGGGGUCACUAGACCUGAUAGGCCUGGACUUGAUUUAACCAAACAACCUCCAGCCGUCCGCAUGAACAAGGAAUUGGGCUUCAUUCUCACAUACAAGUUGAAGGGGGAGGAUCUAAUCAGGGAAAGUGGCAUUCCAUAUACAAUUGUCAGACCUUGUGCAUUAACCGAGGAACCUGCCGGAGCUGAUCUCAUCUUUGAUCAAGGAGACGAUAUAACAGGGAAGAUUUCCAGGGAGGAAAUUGCAAGGAUAUGUAUUGCUGCACUAGAAAGCCCUUAUGCAUGCGACAAGACAUUUGAGGUUAAGAGCGUCAUUCCAUUCAGCGAACCAUAUACUGUGGAUCCGGAAAAUCCUCCUCCGGAAAAGGACUACAAUGUGUACUUCCAAACACUGAAAGAUGGUAUAACAGGGAAAGAAAGCUUAGAUCAAACACCUCUUACUGUCUAGAUCUAAACUCGGUGAGUAGAUUAUCGAAAAUCUUUGGAGUUAUAGUCUGCAGAAAAUCUUUGUUGAGUGGUGAUGGCAGCCUAUAUUUCAUACAUGUUCAAGAAAGGGUUGAAUUAGCCUCUUGACUGCUUGUCUUGCUUGAGAUACUUGUAAUUGUAGAGCUUGUAGUUGUAGAGAUACACACACAGUUGCCAAUGCAGAAAUAAAAGUUAAAAGGUAAAUUAUUGUGAUUCCUGAUAAAA